AAGGAAGGAGGUCUGCAGCCACGCACAGUUAAAGGCCUAAAGAGACAACAUCAGAGAGUCCUCUAAGAUGGAUUCAGGAUCUGUAGCUCAUCCACAGAAAUUAGGAUCUUCUGCUGCUUAGCCACACCCCUCAUCAGCUGAACUGCUCUCACCUGCUCACAAUCUCCAAUCAAGCCAGCAUAUAUGCAGCCAGAUCUGGAUCCUCACCCAGUCCUCAUCUGAACCAUAGUCCAGUCAGAGUUUCACCAGCAGUUUUGCUAUGCUGCUCACAAGAAGGUUUCUGGUUCCAACCCCAGCUGGAGCUUUUCUGUUGGGUUCCUCCCACAGUCCAGAGACAUGCAGGUUGGUCGGUUCCGGUGCUAGACAGCGAGGCCGCCUCUGACUGGAGUAGCCAAAUCGAAAGCCUCAUGGGGAUUGGCUGCUGCUGCUGCUGGACGUCUGCUUCCUGUUUCCAGCCUUGAGGGGAUUCUUGAGGGACCAUCCCCGAGCGUUGGAUCAGCUUGAACACACACACACACACACACACACACACACACACACACACACACACUCUGCCGGACAUCCACAGUUUUGGCAGGAUUACAGCCUCCUGAUUGCUGCUCUGUAAAUCACAUCUGCACAAACACACAUCUGUUUUGCAGUACACACACACACACACACUUUAAGCUGGGUGCACACCUGCCGCACUGCGUGGACACCCACCUGAACUAGCUUUCAGCGAUGACAUCACACAGCCACCAAGAGGGGAUCCUGGGAAAGGAGCAGCCACUGGAGGUUCUGAAGACAUCAGCGCUCAACCACAUCCCAACAGUGGACAUUAACUCGGCGCUCCCCCUGCGUCUCCCUCCGGCCGCCAUCCCCAUGGACCUGCGCGUGGACCAUCACCAGCAUCAACAGCAGCAGCAGCAGCAGGUGUCCUCGCUGUCCCCGCCCGGGCAGCAGUCGUCCAGCCCGGGGUUGAUGGGCGGGACGGGCCAGGCCGGCGGUGGCGGGGGCGGCGGCGUGGUCGGGGCCUCGGUGCGCGAGCAACAGCUGCAGCAGGAGCUGCUGACCCUGAAGCAGAAGCAGCAGAUCCAGAGGCAGAUACUCAUCGCGGAGUUUCAGCGGCAGCACGAGCAGCUGUCCCGUCAGCACGAGGCCCAGCUCCAGGAGCACAUCAAGCAGCAACAAGAGCUCCUGGCGUUGAAGCAUCAGCAGGAGCUGCUGGAGCACCAGAGGAAGAUGGAGAACCACCGCCUGGAGCAGGAGCUGGAGAAGCAGCAGAGGGAGCAGAAGCUUCAGCUGCUGAAGAACAAGGAGAGGGGACAAGAGAGCGCCGUAGCCAGCACUGAGGUGAAGAUGCGGCUCCAGGAGUUUGUCCUGAACAAGAAGAAAGCCCUGGCCCAGCGGAGCCUCAACCAAGGAGGCCUCCCAAAUGACGCUCCCUACUGGUACCGCAAAACCCAGCACAGCUCUCUGGACCAGAGCUCGCCUCCGCAGACCGGCGUGUCCACCUACAACCACCCGGUGCUGGGCGUCUACAACCCCCGGGAUGACUUCCCACUGCGAAAGACAGCCUCGGAGCCCAACCUGAAGCUUCGCUCCAGGCUGAAGCAGAAGGUGAGCGAGCGGAGGAGCAGUCCGCUGCUGCGACGUCGCGACAGCCCCAUCACCACCGCCAAGAAGCGCUCACUCGACAUGGCAGACUCUGCGUGUAGCAGCGCCCCCGGCUCAGGCCCGAGCUCCCCGAACAACAGCUCCAACAACAUCCCCAAUGAGAACGGCAUCACUGUGUCAGUCUCCAACAACACGGAGGCGUCCCUGGCCCAGAGGCUGUGCAGCGGUGCUGAGCGUGGCUCCGUUAACCAGCUGUCCCUCUACACUUCGCCAUCCUUACCCAACAUCACCCUGGGGCUGCCCGCCACAGCCACGGCCACGGCUGCUUCCAAUGUGACGUCGACGCAGCAGGACGGAGGUCUGCAGCCGGCGCUCUCCCUCAGCCCUCCUUUCCUCUCCGGCGGCCACUUGACCCCUUACCUGGCCGAGGGCGGAGCGGGGACGGGCGGGCACGGCGCACACAGUCCACUGCUUCAGCACAUGGUGCUCAUGGAGCAGAGCCCGGCGCAGAGCCCCCUGGUGACAGGUGUGAGCGGUCUGUCCAUGUCCCCGGCAGCGUCCAUGGCCAAGCUGCAGCGGCAGCACCGGCCUCUGGGGCGAACCCAGUCGGCCCCUCUGCCUCAGGGGAGCGCCGCCCAGGCUCACGCCCAGGCCCUGGCCCUGCAGCAGCUGGUGGUCCAGCAGCAGCACCAGCAGUUCCUGGAGAAGCACAAGCAGCAGUUCCAGCAGCAGCAGCUCCACCUUAACAAGAUGAUGGCCAAGCCCGGCGACUCCCCCGUGGGCCGCCAGCACCAGAGCCACCCGGAGGAGACGGAGGAGGAGCUGAGGGAGCACCAGGACGGAGCGGUUCUGCCGGCAGGGGUCACCAUCAAGCAGGAGCCCCCCGACCCGCAGGAGCUGCAGGAGGAGGCGCUGCAGCAGCAGCACAGGGAGCGGGAGAGGCAGGCGGAGCAGGAGCUGCUGUUCAGACAGCAGGCCCUGUUGUUGGAGCAGCAGCGCAUCCAUCAGCUGAGAAACUAUCAGGCCUCCAUGGAGGCUGCCGGCCUGUCCAUCUCCUUCCCGGGACACCGCCCGCUCUCCAGAGCUCAGUCGUCUCCGGCUUCAGCGUCCUCCUUCCCAAUCAGCGUCCCGGCGUCCGACCCUCCCUCCAAACCUCGCUUCACCACAGGCCUGGUGUACGACUCUCUCAUGCAGAAGCAUCAGUGUAUGUGUGGAAACACCAACAGCCACCCGGAGCACGCCGGCCGGAUUCAGAGCAUUUGGUCUCGGCUGCAGGAGACCGGGCUGCGAGCGCAGUGUGAGUGUAUCCGUGGGAGGAAGGCCACGCUGGAAGAGCUGCAGACGGUUCACUCUGAAGCCCACGUCCUGCUGUACGGCACCAACCCUCUCAGACAGAAACUCGAUUGUUCAAUCACUCCGAUGUUCGUGCGGCUGCCGUGUGGAGGAGUCGGGGUGGACAGCGACACCAUUUGGAACGAGGUCCACUCCUCCAGCGCCGCCCGCCUCGCCGUCGGCUCCGUGGUGGAGCUCGUUUUCAAAGUGGCCACUCGAGAGCUGAAGAACGGUUUCGCUGUGGUCCGCCCUCCUGGACACCACGCCGAGGAAAGCACUCCCAUGGGUUUCUGCUACUUCAACUCUGUGGCCAUCGCAGCCAAACUGCUGCAGCAGAGACUCAACGUCAACAAGAUCCUCAUCGUGGACUGGGACGUUCACCACGGCAACGGCACCCAGCAAGCGUUCUACGACGACCCCAACGUCCUCUACCUGUCGAUCCAUCGCUACGACGACGGCAACUUCUUCCCUGGAAGCGGAGCACCUGACGAGGUGGGCAGCGGGCCCGGAGUCGGCUUCAACGUCAACGUCGCCUUCACCGGAGGCCUCGAUCCACCCAUGGGAGAUGCAGAGUACCUGGCUGCCUUCAGGUCAGUCGUGAUGCCCAUCGCCAACGAGUUUGCUCCGGACAUCGUGCUGGUCUCUUCGGGCUUCGACGCCGUCGAGGGACACCCUCCGCCCCUGGGCGGCUACACUCUGACGUCUAAGUGUUUUGGCUAUCUGACCAGGCAGCUGAUGACUCUCGCCGGAGGCCGGGUGGUUCUGGCUCUGGAGGGAGGUCACGACCUCACCGCCAUCUGCGACGCCUCCGAGGCGUGCGUGGCCGCCCUGCUAGGCCAGGAGCUGGACCCGCUGCCCAAGGCCGUCCUCGAGCAGAGACCCAACCCCAACGCUGUCCGCUCUCUGGAGAAAGUUUUAGAGACUCACAGUAAAUACUGGCGCUCGGUGCAUCGUUACUCGCCGCGGCUCGGACUUUCCCUCCUGGAGGCCAAACGAGGAGACUCGGAGGAGGCCGAGGCCGUCAGCGCCAUGGCUUCUCUGUCCGUGGCAAACACCAACGCCAUGGAUCAAAGACCGGAGGAGGAGCCGAUGGAGGAGGAGGAGCCGCUGUAACAGAGGGCAACACGAGGGUGUCACACUGUUACCAUUGACCUCUCCGGAGAACGCCUCUUUGAGCUGCGAAGAGUCUCGACUGAUCCCUUCAUUUAGUCCCUUCUAACCCCGCUCACCACGUCAGUCACCUUGAUUGGCGGCCCCUCGGCCAAAAACGAGAGGAGAGGGGGUGGGCUCAGCCUCAGAGUAGGGAGCCAAUCAGGAGACGGGAGGACUGAAUUAGGAAAAAAAAAAAGAAUUAAACAUACCGGCGUCGCCCGGCGACGCUCAGAGACACUCAUUUUUUUUCUGUCAGUCUUCGCAAACCCCAACGUGAAGCCCACAGCGGCUAAACCAAGUGACCACGGCAGCGAGCGGGCGAGUGUAUUUGGAGUUUUGGGGCGAGAUCAGGUCUCGCCAUAGAGAGGCGCAGAAACAAACGGUGCUUUACACAGCUGCCUUCUGACCACAAACCGUAUGGACACCAGGGACAGCGGACGAGCCCGGCUGCCAGACACAGCGCGGGACUUUCUUUUUCUCUUUUCUCAACUAUUUUUCUCGACAAACACAAAAACUUUUGAAAAAAACAAACAAAAAGAAAGGGCAUCGCGGCAGCCGAGAUACUAUUUUAACGAGAUGCGUUCACUGUGGCCCGAAGUUUGAGUCGGCUUUUGCAAAGAUUUGACGAACGGACUGUCGCCUCGCUUUGGGAGGAGCAGCAGCCCCCCGUCGAGUGAGAGGAGUGCCUUGGUUGAAAAAGAGGUGGGGGGGAGAUUUUCAGGAUCGUUCAGGAAAAGAUUGCCUUAAAGUCAAAAGAUUUUUCGCGCCGAGGAAAUCGGCGGAAGCGGAGACGGGGAGAGUUUCCAGUUUUUUGCGUGCGGGUGAGGGAGAAUGACUAAAGCAAACAAUCUUUCAGCAUGUUUACUUGGAACGUGACGACGACAACAUUUCUGUCUCUCACAGCCUCUCUUGAAGAGUUACUUUACUUUUGGAUGGAUCUAUUUUUCUGACGCUUUGUAAAGGUAGUUGCCAGCUUCAGUUUAGGCGCGAACGUGGAGACCUUCAGACGAGGAAAUUAAAGAUUGAAACGACAACGACAACAACAACAAAAAGGUUCAGCCUUCGAUGUAGCUUCCCUUUAAACUGAAGUCAUUGCUUUGUUCGACACAUGAAGCAUGCAUUGAGCAGAGGCCGGAGCAUUUUUGCAAGAUUUUUUGAAUGUUAUCCAAAAAAAGAGAAAGCCAAGCAAGAAAAGCCAAAGCAUGAGUUUGCAUAUACAGUUAGUACUUUCACUCCACUUAGCUGGCAGCAUCUCUCGUAUCGGCGCCCCCUCCUCCCUUCCACGUCAAUGUUUACUGAUUUAAUCAUCGAGCGUACGCCGCCGAUCGGCCUCCCGUGCUUCGCCGGUUGGCAGCUACCUUUUUUUUGUUUUUGUUUUGUUUUUUCCUUUGCUAGUGUGAGCUUAAACAUUAGUCAUGUAUAUUGAAUUGAAUAUAUUUUGAGAGGCAGUAAUCGAGUAUUGCCCCGUUUGUAUCUACAUGUAUGAUUUCCACAUACGAGUUGUCGUUUUACGAUAUCGUUAAAAACAAAAAAACAACAAAAAAACAAAAAAACGUGUUUGGUAAGCGUGUCCACUUUUUAUUUUUUAUCGUAUAAGAUUAUUUUUCUAACUUUUUUCAUCCAUAGAUUUUGUGUUUUUAUCCGUUUUCUGGAUAGUUAUAGGGCUGCCAUUCACACACUUACUAUUGUCGCUUUCUUUCUUGUAUUUAUCAAAAACGAGGAGCAACGCUCCGUUUCUUUCUUUCUUUCUUUCUACGGCUCUCUUCUGCAUUUUCAUCAAUUGUGUAUUUAUAACAUGUACUGUUUAUAGGAGAUUUGUAUAUGGAAAAUUUAGAAAUGUACUCUAACUAAUGACAGCUAUGAUAUUGUGAGCGACAAACAGUAUGGCGUACGAUCACUCCGUGAACUUAAGAUAUUUAACUCGUCAUCAGCUGCACUGUUUUUCGGCCCUCGAGUGAAAUCAUGACGCGGCACUGCAACACACCACAAGAAAAGAAACAAACGUUUGAUCACUUUGUUGCCUAAUUGAUGGAUUUUCCUCUCGUGCAUGGGCGAUAUGCACUUAACACAUCCAGAAGAGUUUUUUUUUUUUAACCGGAAAAUUCAAGGUCAAUCACUUUCUGAGCAUGUGUUGCACUCUCUCUCCGUAACAUCAGUGCCUCCUUCUUCCCUCGUCCUGCUCGACACACCCGGUACUACACCCCAAAUUAACCCUCAUCUGUCAAACACCCCGAUUAAAGACGACUAUCACGUUUAUUUUAAGUUGAUCCCAUUUUAUAAACUUGUAAAAUUUGAGCUUAAGUUGAUAUUUUUUCACGUCUAACAAAACAUUCCACUUGUUACUCGUUUAAUUUGGGUUUUUUUCAGUGAAUUUUUUUGUUUUUUUUCGCCGUCUACUCGCGCCAACUUUAACUCUUUGCAUGGUUUGUGAGUCAGCAUGCCUGCUUGUCUAUGUAACAAAUGUAUUUGCACAAUAGAAGAACAACACUGGAGGACUUACAAAAAAAAAUAAUUAAAAAAAACCUCCCGCGGCAACUCCGACUCCACCCCGAGAGCACCAGGCAGGGUGGGUUUCUUCCUCUCUGGUGUCCAAAUGACUCCACUGAGAAACAUUUGAUAUUGUUCUUAUUGAAUUUCCAAUAUUUUAACAUGAUUCAGCACUUACACGACAUGUAUGGACUGUGCUAAAGAGAAACACGCUCUGCCAAACCUCUGCUACAUUCACAACUCUCCCAAAGAAUGUCUCAAAGAUCUCUGAACGGUAACAGAAAUGACGGAUAUCGGUUUGGAUUUUUAAAAAAAGGGCAUUGUCGUUUUUUGAUUGUCACACCCACCUCGGCCAGUUCUAUAUAUAAAUAUAUAACCACUGUGGCUCAAGAGCAAUUCUCGGUUUACAUGUAAAUGGAUUAAAAAAAGUUAUUUUUUGUUU